UGAAGGAAAGAUAUAAAAGGAUGUAAAUGUGUGUAUUCAAGGAAAAUAACAAUUGGAAUAAAGUAAAAAUAUUCAAUAGCUAGGCUUUUUAAUUGUUUAUGUUAGGAAAUGCUAGAGAGAAAGAUAGGUUCAACUCAGAGAAGUCAUUCUAAAGAUACUGUAAUUGAAUUAAAUUAUCAUUCUGGUUUUUAAUUUAUUAGUUCUAAAAUUCAAAAUGGGUACACAGCAAUUUCAACUUAAAUGGAAUAAUCAUCAAUCAAAUAUGGUGACUGUUUUUGAUCAGUUGUUAUCAAGUGAAGCUUUAGUUGAUGUCACUCUUGCAUGUGAAGGAUUGAGUCUUAAGGCUCAUAAAAUUGUCCUUUCUGCAUGCAGUCCUUUCUUCCAAAAUUUGUUUUUGGAAAAUCCCUGUACACAUCCAAUUGUUAUAAUGAAAGAUAUGAAGUAUGCUGAACUGAAAGCUAUAGUAGAUUUUAUAUAUAAAGGAGAAGUGAAUGUUUCCCAUUAUCAGUUAAAUGGACUUCUUAAAACUGCAGAAUUACUUAACAUUAAGGGUUUGAUUGAGGUUGCAGAUGAAAAUAUAAAUUAUGAACCAGAACAACCUUUACAGAAUGAAGUUACUGAACAACAAUCGGUUGACACAUCUCAAACAAUUCCAUUUUCGUCAGCAGAACAGAAAAAAGUGGCAUCACCUUCUUUGCAUAAAAAGAGAAGAGGUAAAAGGAAAAGAAGAAUUUCUAAUGACUCCACAUCUACUGAAAAUGAAGAAAUACCACCAAAAUUACAAGAAUCCAGAAUUAAUGAUAAAAUAUUGUCAGAAACAAUUUCUGAUUCUCAUAAUGAAGUUUCUGUUUCACAGCAAGAACAGUUUCAAGUGUCCUCAGACCAUCCUAAUAGUAGUGUGUCACAAAAUUUAUUUUUUCCAUCAACUCAAGAAGAUACAUUUGUAAAUGUAGAAGAGCCACCUGAGGAUGAACAAAAUUAUUCUGAAUCUCCUGAUUUUGUAAAACAGAUUAUUUUAACUGAAAGUAAAUCAUUACUCCAAGACUGUGCUUCACAGGGUCCAACAAUAUGUUCAGUAUCUUCACAAGGAACUGUUCAAGCUGAAUUUAGAAACAGUAAUUUUAUUAAUACAGGAUCACAGGAUAGUGAAAAAUUAGUUUCAUGUUCUACAUUAUCUGAAACUUCUACACCAAACUUUCUUGAUGAUGAAAUGCCAGAUAUCAAGCCUAUAGUAAUAUUUGAUGAAUUUGGAAAUCCUACAGCAAGAGAUGUAACACCAAAAGAUAUAGCACAUGCAAGUGAAUCUGGGGUUCUUUCUUUACCUGGUCCAAGUAUUUAUCAAUUAGACAAACAAUCUUCUGAAUUAAAAGAACCAGAUUCACAUGGUAAGAAAAUUGCAUUAAUUAAUGGUUUUAUAAUAAUAUGAACGUGUUUUUUUAUUCCGAUAAUUUCUAUACCAUAUUUAUUCACAUAUAAGACG